UAUGUGUUGCUCGUCGUGGGUGAAAUUUUAUUUGGCAGUUUCCUUCGCAUUUUCGCGAGAUAUUGCUCUAAAUUUAUCACAAAAAUGUAGUUAAAGUGGCAAAGUGUGAGGAAUUGUAAAAAUUUUGCAAGUGCGAUAAGUCUUGGUGUGUGAAAAUUGCACAAAUAGUGCGGAUCAUUUGACAAGUAAUAACAAUGGCCGACCUACAUUUGUUUUGAUGAACUUCUGAGAGUUUCCUUGCCGAGGAGAUUCAUCUGUGUUAUUUUUUCUUUGUGCAUGACGUAGAGGAAAACUGGGACAAUGUCGGUGUACAACCACUUAAUUUACGAUAUGAAAAAGAAGAGGCCCCUCAAGAGGCCUCGCCUGGGGCCUCCGGACAUCUAUCCACAAGAGGCGAAGCAGAAGGAGGAUGAGCUGACAUCGUCCAACGUAAAGCAGGGCUUCACUCUGUUGCCGCAUAUGGAAGAGUUCGGGACGGCAAGAAAUUACAAUGUGACCGCCAGCAAGGUUGGAUCGUUCUUCAAUGCCAUCCUGUCCAAGAAGGAGGAAUUGAUGACGCUGCAGGACACCGGGCGGAAGAAGCAACAGAUCAACCUGAAGGAGAACUUCUGGCCUGUAACGGGACGCACAAAGGCCACCUUGGACACUUGGUUCAAGGACUUGGCUGGGACGAAACCGCUGGCGAGUCUGGCCAAGCGAGCGCCAUCGUUCAACAAGAAAGAGGAAAUCUUCGCAAUGCUGUGCGAGAAUCAAGUCAGCAUGCAACGGGCGUCGUGGUUUAUCAAGUUAAGCUCGGCAUACACAGUGGCGCAAUCCGAGGCGAAGAGUAAGAAGCGCCAGAUGCCAGAUCCGGCAACAGAGUGGACAGGAACCAUGAUCAAGUUCAUGCGAGAACUCAUUCCCAAGCUCCAUGAGCACUACUACCAGGGCGUGUUGCCGGAGAAACUCCAGACCAGCGCGACAAACGCUUCCACGCCAACUUCUCAAGCCUCAUCCACAACUUCUAUCACCAACACAGUGCCCACUCCCCUCACCAGCCCCGCCUCGAGCAUGCACAGUCCAGGAAAUAUGGGCUCUACUCCCACAACGAGCAUUCUGGCCCCGCCUUCACCCCAAGACGAACACAAGCACGCCCUUAGGCAGUGGAAUUACUGUAUCCAACUCAGCAAAUACAUGUAUGAGGAGGGAUUGCUGGACAAGCAUGAAUUUCUCAAUUGGAUUCUGGAUCUGCUGGACAAGGUGCGCUCUCAGCCAACAGAUGAUGGCCUUUUGAAGCUCUUCCUGCCCCUCGCUCUCCAGUACAUGUCAGACUUUGUGCAGUCUGAGCGAUUGUCCAGACGCUUGGCUUAUCUAGUGUGCAAGAAGAUGGGGCAUAUGAUCAACAGUGCUGUCGAGAAUGGUCACAUAUUUACCCAAGACGCCGCUAUGGCGCCGGCAAAUGGCAGUGUUAAGACAGAAACCCAAGAGACACAAAAUCCAGAAGGGAGCAGUAAAAUGCAGGAGAAUUCUGACUACAAGGAGAAAAGCAAGAUUGUGAUGGCUAAUGGGAAUACGCCUGGAAAUCCUUACACCUUUUUCAACGAAUACAUGUCCUGUCCACAUCACAGAGAUCUCAUCCUUCAGUGGAGCGCCAUAAUUCAGGUCAUCACAAUUGAGUGUGCCACAUCUCUGGUAUGGUGUGGCAUUGGGGAGAAUCGCGCUUCUUCAAUAUUCAUUGGAAGUCCUCUGGAUCACCUUCCAAUCUCCCCGUCUGCAUUACCAAUGCCACCGCGCUUCACGGAAGCCAAUGAGGAGAUCAGGAAGCAACUUAGAGUUGUCGAGGAGAGCAUAAAGACGCGCUCAAAGCACGCUGAAGCGCGUUGGUGCACAGACAAGUGGCAAUCAAUCACUGGGAAUACAGGGAAUCGCAUCUUGUCUACACUGGACGCUCUCGAUUCCCAUUGUUUUGAUCGCAUGGACACAAGUAACUCUCUAGAGACGCUCUAUGUAAGAAUUUUCCCAUCCAGCGCUUCUUCAGUGGCCUCGGGAGGCUCCAAUGGAGGCUCCAAAGAUCACUCCUCAGUUUCUGAAGGCAAAGAAACGAAAGUGGAAUAUGAUCCAAAUCAGGAUGCUCCGAUCAUAAAGAUCCUCUGUGAAUGGGCAGUGUCUUGGCAACGCUGGGGAGAGCAUCGAGCCAUGGCUGUAGCCUGGUUACUGGAUAAGCGACAGACGGAAGUGACUUCGUCAAAUGAAAAUGAGGCCACAAACGGCAAUUCGGACGACAAGGAUUCGAUCAGCUCAGGUGCAGGUGUCAACGGAUCUCCAGUAUUUCAGAAGAUUCUGAUGAAUUUUCUGGAUAAUGACGCUCCAGUGCUGGAAGAGAAUGGAAAUCCGCAAAAUCGUUCCCAGUUCACGAAUCUUGUGCAUCUGUUUAGUGAGUUGAUUCGCCACGAUGUCUUCUCCCAUGAUGGAUACAUGUGCACGCUGAUUGCCCGUGGAGACCUUACCACCAAGGGUAUAUCUGCAACUCAGCCGCACACAAAUGUAAUUCCACCUGGACCAAUAUCCAAUCCCACGAAAGCGUCUCCGGGAAUGCAUCCUGGACUCGAUGAAGAUGUAUUUGCGGGCAUUGAGUUCAAGUCAAAGAUUGAGGAGUUUGAUGAUAGCAAUGUGGAUGAUGAUUUGGACAAAUUGCUUCAGCACAUCAAGUCGGAUCAGCAGAAUUCCUUGGACGCGCCAGAUAGUCCCAAAGAUCCUGAGAAUUCCACUCAGGGUGCUUCUCAUAUUGGCAUAGGGACGGAUUCAACAGUGUCCAGGCAUUUCCUGUACACCAAACACUUUCCACUAAGUCAGGAUGGAGAUGUGGCGUCUCAGCAUGAUUGUAAUCAGCGCUACAUCUUGCUGUUUGGUGUUGGCAAGGAGAGGGAUGAGAAGAAGCAUGCGGUGAAGAAGAUGUCUAAGGAGAUCUGUAAACUCUUCUCCAAGAAGUUCAGCAUCGAUGUGGCCGAAGGUGGGAAAGUGAAGAAACAUUCGAGGAGUGAGUUCAACUUUGAGUCCACCACCAACAAGUGUCAGUCAAUGUCAUACUUUGAUCAGCACUUUGUCACCUGGCAAUGUGCGGUGACUGUGCAGGAGAUGUUAAACAGUUUUGCACUGGGGAACAGCAAUUAUCUGCCCGUGCAGGAGCACGUCGCUUUUCUCUUUGAUCUCAUGGAGAUGGCAUUCAAUAUCUAUGGACUCAUUGACAUGUGCAUUCAGAUUCUGAAGGAGUUGCCAGAGGUGGAGAGUCAGCUAAUUGCAAAGAGUUCCACUCUUGUGAGGAACUAUACGACAUCUUUGAGUUUGUAUGUCGUGGGCGUGCUGAGGAGGUACCACUGCUGUCUCUUGCUGUCCCCAGAACAGACUUCUGCGGUGUUUGAGGGACUGUGCAAGGUGGUGAAGCACGUGACAAAUCCCGGAGACUGCAGUUCUGCUGAGAGAUGCAUUCUGGCGUACUUAUUCGACCUAUAUAGCUCAUGUUCACUCCUGAAGACAAAGCCGCAACCCACUGAACCUUUCCACAAUGCUUACCCAAAGAUCAAACAAGCUCUCUACUCCACUGUGCAGAUCCAGGCUUCCACGCAUAUUUACAAUCGUGAGUUCAUGGUGGACAUCUUUGCGCAUCCGAAGCGCGGUGGAAAGAUUGAGACGGGCAUGGGAAGAUUACUUAACGAGUCCGGCGCUAAUCGUUACAGCUUCGUGUGUAACGCAAUCCUGGCGGUGGUGCGGGAGAAUGACAAUGACCGUCUCAAUGAUAUCGCGGCCACAUGCGCUGAGCUGACGGCUUGCUGCAACACUCUGAGCGCCGAAUGGUUAGGAGCUCUGGUCGCACUCUGUGGCUCCAGCAAUGAGACUUUCUAUCCGGAAAUCGUGAGCCAGGUAGAUGUCCAAAAUCUCAGCAUUCACAACGCUCUCGCGGUGUUCACGUGCAUCCUCGUGGCGCGACACUGCUUCUCACUGGAAAACUUUGUGGCCAGCGUGGCUUUGCCGGCUUUGGUGACUGUUUGCAAUGGGGCUGGAAGGGAUAUGACACCCGAAGCUGAGGCUGGCGCUCGAUUGACGUGCCAUCUUCUGCUGCGUCUCUUCAAGACCAUCGAAAUUCCCCAGCCGGGACUCUAUUCAGUCAGUACUUCGCCCAAUCCCAUCAUUUCCGGACCGGCGUGCAACAUCAAGCUGAGUUGUGAUAGACAUUUGCUAGCCGCAGCUCACAAGAACAUCGCGGUGGCUCCUGUGCUGGCUGUCCUCAAGGGAAUUCUUGUUGUGGGCGAUGCAAUGGCUCACAAGGCGUCAUCAGUGCACAGCGGUGGAAAAAGGAGUGGACUCAAUACACCUGUUCAUCCCGGCAGCACGCCAAAAAGCAUGGGAACAGCUGGAGAUCUGAGCCACAUUCUCGGAACAAGUGAAUUUGGACUUUUGGGCAACUGUGACGAGCCAAUGUUGGACUCCACUCAACAAAGUCACAGCGUUCAUAGCGAAAAUGCAUCCAGCUUAUAUGACUUUGCUCAACACGUCCUCCGACAGAUUUGCUCCCAGGAAUGGGUGUUGGAGCGAUGCCUGCAGAAUGCAGAAGAACUCUGUCAGCCUGGAAUGCUCAUAGAUACAAUGCUGACGCCAAAACAAGCUCAGAGACUUCUUCAUAUGAUCUGUUAUGCUGAGAAUGAGUCUAACAUGAAGGCAGAAAUGGAUCAGAAGUCCAUAAUUGUGCGGAUUCUUGAAAAUCUAGAGCAGUGGUCUCUCCGAAUCUCCUGGCUAGAUCUCCAGUUGAUGUUCAAGCAGACUAACUCCAGUUCUGCUGAACUAACAAAUUGGCUGGACACUGUGGCGAGAGCGGCAAUUGAUGUGUUCCAAGUGAGCAUGAUUGGGACGAAGCAAGAGAAGCCGUCUAUAUGGUUGGUAGCGCCGCUGGUGUCCAAAUUGCCCAGUCAAGUGCAAGGGAGAAUUUUACGGGUGGCCGGUCAGGUGUUGGAGAGCACAAAUUUCUUCGGAGCGAAGGGCAGAGACAGUGGCAAUGGGAGUAGCAACGGAGGUGGCAGUUGCAGUAAGAGAAAGGCCACAACUCAACUGAGUCAUCAACCAUUCCUGGGACUGGUUUUGACUUGUCUCAAAGGCCAAGAUGAGCAAAAGGAGGGUUUACUGACAUCACUUCAUUCGCAAUUGUCACAAUUCCUGCAAUCCAACAAGGAAAUGGAGAGAAUUGGAGGAAUAGAAGAUCCCCAAGGCAGAGAAUCAAUGCUGGACGCCCUUCAGCUGAGGUUUUCCUUAGUUGGUGGUAUGUUUGAUUCGAUUCAGAAGAACGCCGCCUCCACGACUGACUGGGCAAUUCUCCUGGCUCAAUUGAUAUCACAGGGUGUGAUUGACUUGACCAACAACUCUGAGCUCUUUACCACUGUUUUAGACAUGCUUGCCACUCUGAUUCACUCAACUCUCGUCUCAGACAGUCAGUCGGAGCGCGACGACACGAAGAAGUCUUACACGAAUCUUAUGAAGAAGCUGAGAAAGGAGCUGGGCGACAAGAACAAUGCCUCAGUGAAGUUUGUCCGGCAACUUUUGCCGCUCUCAAAACAGACUUGCGAAGUGAUUGCAUGCGAUUCCGCAAGUUCAUUGACUGACACGAAGGGCAACAAAAUCAGUGGUUUCGACAGCAUCGACAAGAAGCAUGGAUUGAGAAUUGCGGACAAGCAGCGCGUGAGUGUGUGGGAUCUGCUGGAGGGUCAUAAGAAUCCGGCUCCCCUUUCCUGGGCAUGGUUCGGCGCUGUGAAGAUGGAGCGCAAGCCGCUGGCAUACGAGGACACGCAUCGGCUACUAAAAUACCACACGCACAGUCUCGUGAAGCCGAGUAGUUACUUCUAUGAGCCUCUGCCACUGCCUCCGGAGGACUUGGAGCCAUUGCCGGAGAAACCGAAAGAGGACAUGAAGGCGGAUACGCCUUCAUCUGUGGACCAGUCACCUGGUCUGAUAGGCGCUAAUGGCCGGGUGAGGAUGAAGGGUCGGCGACCGAGAAAACCGAAGCCUGGCCCGGCCAAUAUGCCCAUCAAUCAGCCACAGCAACAGCCUCAGGCGCCGCCACAGCAGCAGCCUCAAAUGCCAAACAAUCCAAUGGGUCCCAUGCAGAUGAACAUGGCGAACCAGAUGAACCAGGGCAUGCAGCAAUAUCAGCAAGGCCCAGGCGCUAUGCAGCAGAAUCCGGGCCAGAUGAUGCCUGGACCGCAGAUGCAACAGGGCAACCCGAUGCAGGCUCCUGUCGGGGCACAGGCACAGCAGCCCCAGAAUCCGGGAGGCAUUGCAUUCGGCGUGGGAGGACCACAAAUGGGACAGGGUGGACCACAGCAGCCGGGACCCCAAGGACAGCAACAGGGACCGCAACAAUGGGGUGUAUUUAAUCCGAUGCAACAACAACAGCAGCAAUUAAUGUACAACCAGCAAACCAUGGGACAGCAGAGAUUUUCCACUGUAGAGGACAUCUUGAAUCGCUUCGAACGGCCCAGCAUGGCGAAUCAAUCAAAGCAGGCUCUCUCCAAUAUGCUGCGACAGCGCCAUCCCUUCAUCGGGGGCAAUCAGGCGACAAGUGCGAAUUUCAACAUGCAGCAGCAGCGGCAGCAACAGAUUCCCUUCAUGAGGAACACUCUGAGGGCGAGUCUAGGCGGACAGAUGGGUCCGGGUGGUCAGCAGAGCAUGAACCCCGUGAUGGGACAGAAUAUGGGUCAGAUGGGCCAGGCCAUGGGCGGACAAGGCAUGGGAGGACAGACUAUGGGUGGACAGACAAUGGGUGGUCAGGCAAUGGGAGGUCAGGCAAUGGGUGGUCAGACAAUGGGCGGUCAAGCAAUGGGCGGUCAAGGCAUGGGUCCUGGCAGUCUGAUGACCCAGCAGUCGCAGAUGGGCCAGAAUCCAAUGAGUCAGGCUCAAUCUGCACCGCAGGCUAUGAUGAGUCAGGCGGGUGGAAUGAUGGCGUCCGCGAGUGGCGGCAUGAUGACGCAGGGACAGACGACCGCAAUGGGACAGGCUCCGGGCGGGAUGAUGCAGCAGCAGCAACAACAGGCUCCUGUGACAGGUGCUGGAGGCGCCACGGGAGGCAUGGUGGGCCAGACAAUGGGUGCCGGAGGAAUGCAGACAAUGCAGCAAGGUGGUGGCCAGCAGGCGAUGUUCCAGAAUCAGCAGUACCAGGGAAUGGCGCAGAACUUUGGCGGUUACGGCGGUCAGGCGAUGAACCAGCAAGCGGCGCCUCAGGCCAUGAUGACCAAUUUUAGCCAAAUGAGUGCCCAGAGAACAUCUCAGGCGGAAUAUAUAGCGCAGCAGAGGGCUCUUCAGGCUAACCGAGGGCAGUACAUGCAGCCGGCGCCAAAUGUGACCAUGAACAACAUGGUGGCACAGGGAGCAGCACCGCCAUACUCGCGCCAAGGACAAACUGGCGGGAAACCGACCCAGGCGCAGCAACAGCAGUUCCAGCAGGUGAAUCAGGUGAACCAGCAGAGAAUUCGUCAGCAGAUGAUGAUGCAGCAGCAGCAAAGCAUGGGACAACAGCCAAAUCCGCAAGGAAUGGGACAGGGUCAGAACCAAGGCAUGGGUCAGCAGCAAACACCAGCUCUCGUGGCCCAGCUGCAGCGGCAGAUGCCGAAUCAGCAGAACAUGAUGGGCCAGCAGUAUCCUCACCAACCACCGCCGUAUUAGCCGCGGCAAUUCCACUGAGAUUGAGAUGAUAGAGUUAAGAAAUUUACAAAAUAUUUUAUAUUUAUUAUUCAGCAUUGUAUUCAAUUCAGUAGUAGGAGAAUAUAUCAUUUUAUCACA